CUGAAGUUGAGAAUCUUCAUAUACAGCUUGCCCAUUCUGUUGAGGGCUGUCUUGUCCUCGUCAUCCUGGGAAGCGCCAGGGGCAGCAUAUCCGUUCCCCCUGGAGUCGACCUUCUGGACACGCCGCCUGCCAUGGAAAAUACCCCUCUUCUCAGAAGAGCCGGACUUCUCCUCUCGCAAUGUGGCGGUAUGUGAGGGCGAGUGACUGACGACAGUCUGCAGGGGUAUGUCUGCGGUGUUGCUCAUGUUGCCUGUUUCUUCGUGCAGCGGCUGGAAGCCCUGGCGGGAGAGUCGAGUAGAUGAUCUCUUGGAGAGGUUCGCCGACAUCGAAGGGCUGCGAGGGACCCUUGGGACGCACGGUAGGAGAGGCGAUGGAAAGGGCGGUGGUCACCGCGGCGGUGGCAGGCGAGGGAAUGCGAUCGGUGGAGCUCCGAUCAACCGAUCAGCUGGGACAGAAGAGAAGAGUGGAGAGACUCGUGGAUUGUGCGUCAAGCACCAAGGGAAGGAAGGUGGGACAACAGCGGCACCUAGGAAGACCAGCUGUCGCAGUUGUGCAGGGACAGGAUGCUAUUAACGAGAGGAGUCGCUCCGGGGGCUGCACUGCAAGGCAGGUCGCGAGGGGCUCGGGCAAUGGACAAAGAGACAAAGAAAAAGGGAGCAGAGUCUUUCUUGAGCGUGGAAUGCGUUUGCUCGUGUCGCGGAGGACCCUUGCACGCUGCAGGCUGCGCCCUCGAGCAAAUCAUAGUGUGCCCAGCGGCGCUGCCAGAGCAUCUCAGCCCGCUGUUCGCACCCAUCCCCAGCGACGGCUCAUGAGCUGCCUCUGCAAGCGAGCGGCCCACCAGCGAGUGGAAUCGCAGCCGAUCCUGCCUGUGACGAGGACGUGUUGCGUAACAGGAGAGAUCGCGAGCAGCUGAACCGCUCCACCGCAGACCCCUGAGUCGCAUCACAUCUGGCCGCUGACGUCCUCGUCCUCUUAUCGAUAGCCUAGCUACUGCUCCCGCUGUGCCGCGGUGCCGCUGUCCCGGCCGGAGUUCGCGAGCGCCCUGAGGCUCGGGCAUGCUUCAAGGCUGCGUUUGCGCGUCUCGA